GCCGCCGUGCUCGCAGUCAUUCCACGGACACCACCACUAGCAUACAGUCGCACAGCACCGCAUCAGCAGAGCCAUGGGUACGUUCCGCCAAAGGAUGGUCGCGAUCGCAACGGUCCUCGCAAUAUUCACCGCAGCUCCGAGCGUUUCGAGAUCGGUGAACAUCAGCAGUUCUUGGUUGUUGCCUCAAAACGAGUUUCCGGUAUUUUAUCGACAUUUCAGGGAUAGAGUGACAUGGUUUGAAGCCGAUGCCGUAUGCCAAUUCCACCACGCUCAACUGGCCACAGUUGAAUCUAACAGUCAAUUUGAAGCAAUACGUACUUAUCUGAAGGAAUUAGACGUGAUUGAGAAUGUUUGGAUUGGUUUGAAACGUAAUAGCGAAGCUAGUGAAUUCACAUGGACUAAUUACCAGCCCCUCGCCAGGAGUGGAUACUUUAGAGAAGAAGUUCCACGUUCAUCGGACCCAGUUUGCGUUGUCACUGACCCUACGGCCAACUUCAAAUGGCACAGCUUACACUGCGGAGGUCCAGAAGUAGCAUCAUUCGUUUGUGAACUCCCAGUUCCAUAUUGGGCAUCCAAGAGCAAUGGGUGCAUGACAAGUAUGAUGGAAGGCAUGACAGUAACUUUUUUGCCAGAACGUCCUGCCAUUCAACUCACAAAGGAAUGUAGUCCAGGUGUUUCCAAAAACGUUACUUGCAAAGGAAACAUGAAACAAUCGGAAAUAAUCGAAAAAUUAAGCUGUCCAAAUUCUAAUAAACCAAUGAAGACGUUAUUUAAACCAGUCAAACCUGAACUAGCUGAUAUUAAAUUAAAAACAACAACCUCAAGUUCAGAAUCAGACGUCGAAGACUACGCUAUCGAGAUGGCCACGAUUGCUCAGUACAACGACGAAACGUUCCAGUCGAUAUCUAAAGUGAUGGGACGCAGUAGCGGUAGCAUGAUCAACUUGCCACAAGAGAUGUCGAUUGCGCAAGAACCUAUUAAGUCGUCAGGCCGGGGAGGUUUUGACACCAACGGCAUUGAUUCGGCGUUUAUCAGUGGCCAGACCGAAACCACCAGUACCGACGCUAGUAGCAUCGGCAUCAGUACGAGCACCCGCACAAACACCGCCAGCUCCGUGCCCAGUACAAACACGGUAACCGGCUCCAGCACUACCAGUACAUCUAGCACCACACCGAAAAGCGAACCGAAAACUACGUCGUCGACGACCGCGAAACAGAUGACGAAAACGACGCCCAUCGAGACCGCUACCGAGACGACGACACUUGCCGAUUUGGUCAAGCUUGGCACAACGUCCGGCACCACGACCCAUUCGACCACCGUAAAUAAAGCGACCACCUCGCCCGGGAAAACAACCACAACGGGACGAAUUGUGACGACGGUUGGAGGUACUUUGACCGGUGGCAGCCAACCGACCGAAACCUCGGCCACCACACCGGCGACCACCACCACCAGUAACAAUCACCAUCAGCCGCGCGCCAAUGCGACCAACGCCAACGCAAACCAACGCGUCUACGCCACCACCGCCGUGCCCAAGAGCCGGUCGGCUGCACAGAUGACGACCACCGAGAAGAUACACACCGUGGCCAAAAUGUUGACCGCCGAGACCGGUGACGUCCGUCGGACCACCGGCGACAGUCGCCGGCCGACCGCCGCCACACUGGCAGCCAUCGCAACAGUCGUUGCGAAAAUCCCGUACACCGUCGCUGCCGCGUCCGCCACUGCCACCAGCACCACCGGCCGCCCGCUGAACUCAUUGCGUUCAUACGCCAACAACGGCAACGGAUACGUGGCCAAGACGAACGACGCCCCGACCAUCGAGCAACCGAUCCGCGUGUACAAGAAAAUCGAUUUCCCGGAAUUGCCGAUCAGCAACGACGGCGAUUACGCGCGCAAACCCACGGCCACCCCGUUUUCCGGAACCUCGGCCACCGCUACGUUUUCCAGCCCCGUGAGCGCCGCCACCAAGACCGGGUACAAUAAUGCGGCGACCACGUGGUCUUCGACCCGACCGACCGUGACCGCCACUACCACCACCAGCGCUUCUACCAAACAUGACGACGCUCUCAACAGCGGUACAUACGCUGCCACCGAAACGGCUACCACUAACACCGUGCCCGGCACGUCGCCCGCGGCUGUUGCCGUCGACGAAUCAGACGACAGCACUCACAAUUGGAACCUUAUUUCGUCGUCCCCGCCGUCCCCGCCCGCCAAAAUGGCCAACGACGCCGCCUCCGCGACCCCGUUCGACAUCACAUCCUCCGCCACUGAUGUUACAGCUGCUAACGCCGCCGCAGAAGCCGUCACCGUCACCGCCGCCGUUACCACAACCGCCAGUACCAGCGCCGCUAGCACCACCACUGCCGCUGCUACCGCCGCCGCUAACCACCGGAAAAUCGCCAACUACGACGCAUAUACCGACCACCCGAAUCGUAGCCGUCACAUAGUCCGCCCCAAACAACAGCACCAUCACUCCUACCCGUACAUCUUGUACAGACUUUUGGGAUAAACGGCAUCCUGUGUCUCCCACCUCCCCAGCGCUUCAAUCACUUACGAUAAUUAAUGACCGUGAUCUAUCGCCAACACCAUUUAAUUUCCUGCUCAUCUCACAUCCGUCGUCCUCAACCCCUAACCGAAUUGCAUCAUUACAAUAUUACUGCACAUAAUACAAAACACAUUCAUUAUAUUUAGGUACUACUGUACGCCGUUCUGAGUUAUUUCCUUCCGCAGUGUGCCCCACGAAAGUGACGAUCUACAGGUGCAAACAUUUUCUCAUUAAGUGCUCAAUUCACCAUUUUGCUACACAAUUUUUUUUACGUUCGUGAUAUUUUCAGCCAUAGGUAUUUCAGUUUUCAAAAAUUCCUAUUCAUAUAGACUAGCCAGUUUACCUUUCGUAGGUUCACGAACUCAUGAUAAACUGUUCAUUGACAAACUAACCGGGUCUCAACAAAUAAGUUUAUGACGAAAUAAAUAACAUUAUAUGAUUCCAAUCGAAUCUAUAAUUUAUUAAUCGUUUUUCACUAUCUUAGUACUCGGCUUACGACUAAAAUUAAAAUUUCCCUAUAGAUACAAAUUUAAAGAAGCGUGAGCAAAAGCUAGGUGUUCUUGUCAGACAAAGAGUUAUAUUUCCCGGAAUACAAUGAUUGAAUUUAAAAUUCAAUGUUGAUUCUAAUUUUUAAAUUAAAAAGUAAAACAUAAAAUCAAUAAUAAUUUUACUUUCUUACGGAUAAUAUUGAUAUUCAAUAGGAAUACUUUAUGAUUUAAAUUGUUUUUGAUUGUCGUUUGUCAUCAGCUUGCAUUAUUCAAAACGCACUUAUUUGAUUAUUAAUUAUCAACAAUAUUUUAGAUUUGACAAUAGUUAUGAAUUGUAAUUUAUAUUAAAAUAAUAUUAUACUGCUUUUUCAAAUUUUUCCAUUUAUAUAAUAUUAGUAUCAAUAGUUUGAAUAAAUUAUUAAUUUAAUCAAUCAAUUUAUAGUAAAAAUGAAUAUCACAUAGGUAGACGAUUUAAAUAAUUAAUAAAUGCAACAGCCAAUAAUAUACAAUAAUAUGAUACAUAACAAAAAAAAAGAUUAAAAUUUGAAUAGAACUAAUUAUUCCUCUAAUUAAUUAUUUUUAUAAAUUAUGAUCAUAAUAUAAUAUAGGUAAAUAUAUGUAACUACUCGUUAUGAACAGGUACUAUUUAGUUUAUUUCAAUUGUAUAUGCAGAUGAAUUCUUUAAUAUUAAAAUCGAAACUAUUUUGUACGACUUGAGACAUAGAUAAUUAAUAAUUAUUUUUAUAAUUAUUAUUAUUACACAUGACAAUGAUUUUAUCAACCCUGAUAUAACCAAAUUCAUGUAAUCGAGCGUAUUUUGAAACAUAAAAACGUUAUAAUUCUGAGUAAAACGGUAAAACGUUUAUUAUUAAAAUAAAUAUCAUGAUUCAUUACAUCAAAUAUUAAAAUAUUACAUAUAUAACCUAUAUUAUAAUCUUAUUGAACAUGUUUACAAAUUGUUCACAUCAUACAGUGAACCUGUUAAAGUUCCAAUUAUAACGUUAUUAUUAUCAUCAUUAUUAAUUAUUAUAAAACAAAUUAAUUGAUUAUUAGUAGCUUUGGUUCCAAAAAAGGAAAUAUUUUCAACUUUUAAAGUAGUUUUUACUGUGAAAACAUUUUGUAACGUUUGAUAUGUUUAUUGUGUUUGGCUAAAUUCAUAACAUUUACAAUUUUAUAUAUAACUAUCUACUUAUAAAGAUAAAAGUAUAUUUUUUUUUUACAUAGAAAAUAUAAUCUUUAUCUUUUAGAUACUUAUCUAAUAAUUUUGAACGAAAUGUAAAAUUUUAAAAGUAUUAAACUGUGGUCAGCGGAUUCUACACAGAGUACCCGAAAAUGUUUGCUUUUAUUAACUCAACAAUAUCAUAUUGUAGGUAACAGGAAGUCGAUUCGUCGCAAUAUAGCUUUAAGAUGAUUUAAUUAUUAAUUAUUUUAAACAAUAUUGUAGUUUGAUGUUAAAAAUAUUUACCUAUUUAGUAGUUAGUUAUUGAAGGUAUUGUGUUUGUCAAUUUGUAGUCAUUUGUAGUAUUUUGAAAUAUAAUAAUCUUUGCUGUCUAAA